AUGUACAGACGGCGCUUCGCUGAACUGAGAAACGACGACGCCGCCGGGUUUCUUACCGGACGAGUGAUCAAUGUUCUCUCCAAAAUGAAAUGCUUUAAGCUGGAGCUCUCAGGUGAUCAGUCCUCUGUCAACAGACAGGUCUACGUAGACAUGGGUUCGCAGGGAAAGGAGCCAUGGACUCGCAAUAUCAAUAUCGCCGUUGACGACGAGAUCGACCUCUCUCUCAAAGGCGUAGAGGUUCAGAAAGCAAAGAAGGUGAUAGGGCUACGGUACAUGAAGGGUAUAACCUUCAAGCUCUUGAAGCGAUCGGGAACUCCGCUCGCUUCUCCCAAGAUUAUCAACACUUGGCCGGGCCCCAAGCCUAUAAUACCGCAGCAGCAGAAGCAGCAGCAGCCACCACUACCACCGAAACGGGAUCCCGAUAGCUGGUUCUCAUCCUCCGAGCCGGCAGACGACUUAGAGGACCGGUCUGAUCCUGGCAGCGAGGAAUCUGAAGCUGACGCCACAGCUGUUGAUAUAAUACUCAGCUCUGAAGCACCUUUCGACAACUCGCCCGGUCACUCCUCUCGAUCAGCGACCCUCGCCGGCUCAUCACCAGCACAGAAACUGUCCCAGUCCUCACUCACCAAUCAACUCAUUGCUGUUUCCCUCGACUCGCCCACCCACCUUGAUAGCGUCGAACCUCAGAAGUCCGUAGCCCAAUCUGUGCUCAAGCCGUCCAAGAAGAAACGCCGACGAGCCGAAAGACUGCAAACUGUCGACUCACAUCAAGCCCACGCUCCCCCGGUCACUGCUGCUGCCGCCGAUCCCAGCAGUGCGGAUUCUGUCAGGGCUCCACCACCCGCUGCGGGUCAGGUCAUAAACAUCGGAAGCGUCAGAGCAGGCGAGACAAGCAAUGAUGCUGUAAAUCAGCGAAAGCUGUCCGCUGGGCCGCCAUCGACAGCUUCCGAGGCCUCCGGAAGUACUCCCCUGCCUGCGAGCGAAAGGUCUGCUGUCUUUGACGAGACCGAUCUGUUGCCAAAAGUUGUUUUAAAAACGGAAGGCAGAGAUUAUGUUUCAUUAGAACAUGUUCAGUCCAUGCAUAAAGGGUCCUUCCUUUCUGUCAUCGGCGUCGUGACCGGCAGCCAGGACGUCACUACUGCCAAAGGAGGCGAUCUCACUAAGUCAAUAACCCUUAUGGACAAGUCAAACUUCAAGACUCACGGAGAAUAUUUCGCCCCUUCGGGCGCUGGAUUCAAGGUCAAUUUCUUCACGCGGGAGCAUUCUGCGUGGCUCCCUCCUUGCAAGGUCGGAGACGUUGUGUUGCUUCGAGACUUGAAAGUAGUUGACUUCAACGAAAUUAAAAUGGCGACGGGCUACCCUAAUACGCCUCAUUGGGCCAUCUACGACUCCACUGGUAAUCCUACGCACGGCGAUCUGACCGGAGUGCCUAGGUCCGCUUCUUCCGGGGACAAGACAUACUCGCCGUUCUGGCACCCAAGGCCGGCUGAACUUCAGUGUUGCGCCGAGUUGUCCAAGUGGUGGAAGGCGGUCGAGGAGGAGAGAAAGAGGAGACAGGGGCCUAUUACGCAGAUCGCCGUUCCACGGGAGAGGAAGAAUAAGACGAGGGAGCAUCGACUGAUUUGCGACGCGGACCCUGAUAUGGAACCGCAGGGAUUCUUCAAUUGUACGGUUGAGAUCUUGAACGUCUACGAAAACGGAUCGAACUACAGCGUCUAUGUCACGGACUAUACCGCCAAAGCAGGAAUGUUCCAGCCCACCGAGAGCUGGUGCCCUCCCAAUCUAUCCGACAAGGUUCUCCAGAUUGAAAUGUACGGUGAGGCCGCUGUUCAACUUGGUCAUCGUUUGAAAGCCGGGCAGUAUUGGAAGUUUUCGAAUACGAGGAUGAAAGUAAGCCGCAGGGAUUGUAUUGAGGGGAGUUUUAGGGAGGCGGGUAAAGCGGAGCAGUUGGACGAGACUGACGUCGCAGAGGAUCCGGAGUUGAAGGCUUUGUUGGAACGGAAGAAGAAGUGGAAAGAGACGAACGUAAGUCCGAAUACGUUCGAACAUCAGCUUUUUGAGGAUGUCGGCCUGGAGCAUUUCAACGCGACUGUUGAGGUCCUCCAUAGCCAAUUUGACUCGAGAGGGUUCUCAACGAUCUACGUGACCGACUACACCAAACGAGACGAUCUUCUUCCUCCUCCACCCGCUGGGUGGACCAAGAAUCUCGAUGGCAUGAUCGUCAAGAUAGACCUACGGGAUGGCCAGAGUAACCACGCGAAAUAUCUUCCUGCUGGAACUUUUUGUCUUAUCAAGAACCUGAAGUUGAGGAAGUCCCAUGUGAACGACCGGAAAACCACGGGUUUGGCUGGACUGCUUGCGGGGAACGACAGGCUCAUCUAUAAGUUCAACGAGAAGCAUGCGAAGGACGAUGAAUCUUUGGAGCUUUUGAGACGUAAAGAGGAAUGGAGUGAGAGUUUGGAGACCAAUAAUAUUAGGCGAGCGAGUGCAACCGCACAACCUCAGACUAAGACAGGCUCUUCCAAGCGUAUUGAUGCCGGCACCAUCAAGAAGCUUAAGAGUAUCGAGAAGUCUCCUGCUCUUUUCACCGUUAGAGCUCGCGUCGUCAAGAUAGCGCCCUCACCAGUAGAACACUGCGUCUGGAAGUUUUGCAAUGGUUGUCACAAACGAAUAUCAGCCGACGACAAUGCGUGUAGUUUUUGCAGUCGUAUGGAGCCUGGCACACCUAUGACGUUCGUCUACGCUCUGAAAUUCCUGCUGCAAGAUGAAGAAGGCGACCUUCUCGACGUUCAGGUUGACCAGAAAUUUGAGCCCUUGAAAGACUUUCCACCGUGCGACUUGUGGGAGAAUUCAGAGGUCGGUGAAGAUCUACGCAGUCGGUUGAGGCCGUAUGCUGGAGACUUGUUGGAGGCUUCGGGUGGGGUGCUUCCCAAUGAACGGCUGAACACAGAGUUCGAAACUUUGACGGUGGAACGGUAUAUUAAUCAGAACGGGAAGAACCUCCAUCGCCUGCGGUGA